AUGACUAGAAAACGAUCAUCCACCAAUAAAUCCAACCAUCAAAUUCAAACUUCGGAAAUUGGUUUUGCAAACUCUGAAUCUCUCCUCUCCGAAGAUGACUCACCAAUACCUGUCACUACUCAUGUUAGUCAAUCUCGUAAUCAAUUAUUGAUGGAAAGACAUGAUGUUGAUGAAGAACAUAUCACAAUCCAAACUGACCAGCCACCUUCUCCCAUUAUAAACAAUCAACAACGAACCAAUACCAAAUCACCAAUUGCCAGAAUUUUUCACGCCCUCAGUUCUUCAUAUAACAACAACAAUCACAACACCACCACAACAAUAAUAAUGGAAAAUAGAAAUGAUGAUUCGGAGGAGGAAGGAACAAUUAUAUUGGAUGGUGCAAAUCAUCAUCAUCAUCGUCAUCGUAAUAAUAAUCAACGAUUGAAACCUGUUGAAUGGCAUAAUUUUGAGAAUAUUAUUGCAAAUGAUAUUUUGAUGAUUAUUUCAGAGUUUUUGGAUGAUUCUUUGACAAUGGUCAAUUUAUCACAUACUUGUUCAAUGUGGUACAAUUUUCUGGAUAGAGAACAACGUUUUUGGAAUAGAUUAUAUCAAAUCAAGAUACGAGAAUUGAAAUUAUUAUACUUUAAGGAUUUUGAUAUUUAUGUGCAGGAAAAAGUUGUAAAGAGAAGAAUAUUGGCAGUUAAGAAUUACUUUUUCAAUAGGAAGAAGGGUGGAAAUUUAGGUCAAUAUCAUUUAAAUUAUUUAAUGUCGAAUGGAAAGAAGGUGAAUACGAAACCUUCUCUAUUGGACUUGGGAGGAGUUUGUAAAAUAGAAAAUUCAUGUUUUUCACCACCAAAAAUUAUGGAAUUUAUUGAGGAUAUUGAAUCUCCACGUGGUGAGAGAAACCAUCAGGAGGUAAUUUCAAUUGAAAUGGAUGAGUUUUCGAAUAAUAGUGGUGCUAGCCAAACUGCUCUGAUUGAUCAUCAAUUAUCAGAAACUCUUACCUCAGAAGAAUAUGUUUCUGAAGAGGAAGAAAUGGAAAUAUUGACACUAAUUAAUGAAUCAGAUUGUGAUAGCGAGGAAUCAACUGUUCAGAUACCUCCAUCUAUGUUUAAAAAAGUUGAGACUUUCAGCGAGGAAACUUGGAAUUGCGCUCAGGAAUAA